CAUUUUUCGCCAAAAAUAAUAAUAAAAGUGAAAAAUUUUUUUUGUUAAUAUACGUUUUUUUGUUGUACAAAGGAGAAAAUGUUAUUAAACUGAUUGGCCGCCCCAGCGUUUUCGAGAUCCCCGCUGCAACGAGAAGAACAACAACUAAACGGCCGCCAGCAACAACAAGGUGCAGUUAAUAUUCAGUGCGCUGCGCCUUUCGCCUUCGCCUUCUUUAACCGCCAAUUGCUCCUGCUCCUGCCCACUAACUAAAAGAAAAAAGAAAAGAAAAAGAAACAAGAAAAACAAGAAGCGAGAGAGGAAGUGAAAUGAUAAAGUCCACCACGAAUCCACAGGAACAGCGUCUGCCACGCCCCGAGGAUCAGCCGCCGCCCCCCUCCUCCUCCGCCGCCGCCCCUGCCACGCCCACGCACCAAGUGGCCGCCGUGAUAGCCAACAUGGACACCCUGAAGACCGCCUUUCUGCCCAAUCUCAGCAUGGAUCCCAAUGUGCACGUGUCGGCGCACUAUUGUCCCAUGUGCCACCAGCAGUUCGAGCGGCCGCAGCACGUCGCGGAGCACAUGCAGCUGUGCCACGGGAUCACCCUGAAUGCCCAGGGAACGCUGGAGGCCCCACAGCAGCAUCCGCAGCAGCAGCACCAGCACAAGCCCAGCCACGCCUGCUUCAAUUGUGAUGAGAAGUUCGGCAGCGCCGUCGACCUGGACGAGCACCAUCGGCUGGUGCAUCAGACCUCCGCCUUCCUGGCCCGCUGCCUCAUGUGCAGCAUCUACGGCAUCCACUCGGCCACCCAGCAGCCCAACGAGUACAAGUGCACGCAGUGCGGAUCCAUUUGCACCACAGCCAUGCUGGCCGCCGGUCAGCAGGGCUUCAUGGAGCAGCAGGAGGCGGCGGUGACGCCCGACGACCAGCUGCCGGCGAUGGCGCCGCGUGAUAUGAGACUGACGCCCGAGGAGCAGCACCACCAGCAGCAGCAACUGCAGGCGGAGCACCACCACCAGCAGCAGCAGCAACAACAGCAGCAGCAGCAGCAGGAACUGCUGGAGCAGCAACAGCGGGAGAUGCAGGAGCAGGCGCAACAGCAGCAGCAGGCUGUGCAUCAUCACCAACAGGAUCAGGAUCUCGCCGGCGACCAGGUGGCGUUGAAGGUGCCACCACUAACCGUCAAGCUGAACAAGAACGCCAAUGGCGGGGCCAUUGUGGCCCAUCCGCAGGUCAUCAUCAAGGAGGAGCCGCUCAGCCUGAGCGACAGCGGCGAUGUGGUCAACUCAGUGCCCGUCUAUGCCAUACAAGCGAAUCCCGGCGUUCCCGCCCCGGCCAGCUCGGGUGUGCUCGUCGGCACGCAAACGGUGCCCGCCGAUCUGGCGCACAAGAUCCGGCACAAAUGUCCCGACUGCCCGAAGACCUUCAAGACGCCCGGCACGCUGGCCAUGCACCGCAAGAUCCACACAGGCGAAGCAGACGCCACGCCCAAAGAACGCCCCUACACGUGCUCCUACUGCGGCAAGUCCUUCACUCAAUCGAAUACACUAAAACAGCACACUCGCAUACAUACAGGUGAGAAACCAUUUAGAUGUGGCUAUUGUGGCAGGGCGUUCACUGUUAAGGAUUACCUGAACAAACAUUUAACGACUCACACGGGAGAGAAGCCGUUUCAUUGCGGGUACUGCGAGAAGUCCUUCAGCGUGAAGGACUACCUCACCAAGCACAUACGGACGCACACCGGCGAGAAGCCGUACACCUGUCCGUACUGCGACAAGCGCUUCACGCAGCGCAGCGCCCUCACGGUGCACACGACCAAGCUGCAUCCGCUCUAGGGCAGGCCAGGCGGUGGCCGCCAGAUACCCGUUCCUGCCCCAGCCGCUCCUCCUCCUCCUUCUUCUGAUGCGCCGCCG